CUUGGAACCUGACGCACGAGAGCAGGGCAACCGUUGCCCUCCAACACGAAGGAGCAAGAGAUGGACAUCAUAUGGACUUGGAACAGAGACAUAAGAUCACCAGAGCAUCAAAUCCCAAACCAGAAAUAAUCCCACGGCGUUGCGGAUGAAAGGAACAAAUCUUUGCACCAACUUACACGUCAUGGGCACAUGCAGAUGGAAUGACCUUCCAGACCUCGAUCCCCACAAAGCCGAUCCUGACCCGAACGCCUCACCAAGAGCUGAGCGUCAGCCUCUCACGAGUCUCCUCAAGUCCGGAUUCUUCCCCAAACAUGUACCAAGAACCAAUGGCUCAACGUCGCUCUUCCUCCCUCCACCAAUCCCAGCCAAUCCCCCAUUGGCCCGGGCAUUUGCUCAUUACCGCUAGGUCUGGAAUCCAUGGACAUGCCCUUUUACCGUCCUCGGUGUCAUGCCCCUCUAGGGAUGGCUGUCACUGACCUGGGCUCGGCCUUUGCUCGUCCUGGCUUGUGCUCGGGUUUUUACUUAAACUCUUCCACAUGCUCCUCUAUUAUUGAGUCAUUCCUACUGACCAACCUAUUUUUUGAACACUGAAGGUGCUGACAUACCAAUCGACUCUCCGCUCCCAUCAGAUAAUCUCUCGGAUUCUAUUGUGCGUUAUAGUGGCGAGCAUUUCUCGACCUAUAUUACCUUGAACACGCCGUCUACGUUGUACGACAUCAGCUUUGGACAAACUCAUCGACACCGUCACCAUGGGCUACAUUGACGAGGAAGAAAGAAAAUACCAGCAAGACGUUGAAGCCGUCAAGCAAUGGUGGACCGACUCGAGAUGGCGAUACACUAAGCGACCAUUUACCGCCGAGCAAAUCGUGCAGAAGCGAGGCACCAUCAAGAUCGAAUACCCCAGCAAUGUACAGGCGAAAAAGUUAUGGAAUCUUGUCGAGGGCCGUUUUUCCACGAAAACCGCCUCUGCCACAUAUGGCUGUCUGGAGCCAACUAUGUUGACCCAGAUGAACAAAUAUCUUGACACCGUCUACGUUUCUGGUUGGCAAUCCUCAUCCACCGCAUCCUCCACCGACGAACCCUCUCCCGAUUUGGCCGAUUAUCCCAUGAACACCGUCCCCAACAAAGUCCAGCAACUCUUCAUGGCUCAGUUGUUCCAUGACCGGAAACAAAGAGAAGAGCGAUUGACGACCCCCAAAGAAAAGCGAAACGCCGUGGCCAAUGUGGACUAUCUUCGCCCCAUUGUCGCAGACGCAGACACUGGUCAUGGUGGUCUUACUGCCGUUAUGAAGCUCACCAAACUCUUUGUUGAAAAAGGUGCGGCUGGAAUUCACAUCGAAGAUCAAGCCCCAGGAACCAAGAAGUGUGGCCACAUGGCCGGCAAAGUCCUGGUGCCCAUCUCCGAGCACAUCAAUCGCCUGGUCGCUAUCCGUGCCCAAGCCGACAUCAUGGGCGUGGAUCUCCUUGCCAUUGCCCGAACUGACUCGGAAGCUGCCACCCUCAUCACCACCACCAUCGAUCACCGUGACCAUGCCUUCAUCCUCGGCAGCACCAACCCCAAAUUGCAACCUCUCGCUGACCUCAUGAUUGCCGCUGAACAAGCAGGCAAGAAUGGUGAUCAACUGCAAGCAAUCGAAGACUCGUGGAUCGCGUCGUGCGGCCUCAAAUUGUUCGACGAUGCCGUGAUUGAUGCCAUCAAUGCUGGCGUGCACGUCGACAAAGCCUCUUUGAUCGCCAAGUACAAGGCUGCUUCCAAGGGCAAGUCCAACAACGAAGCCCGCGCCAUCGCCAAAGGCAUUACCGGCGUCGAUGUCUUCUUUGACUGGGAUGCCGCCCGAACCAGAGAAGGUUACUACAGAUACCAAGGUGGCUGCCCCAGCGCCAUCAACCGCGCCAUUGCUUUUGCCCCAUACGCAGAUCUCAUCUGGAUGGAGAGCAAAUUGCCCGAUUAUGCACAGGCUAAGGAAUUCGCUGAUGGCGUGCACGCCGUUUGGCCAGAGCAAAAACUUGCCUACAACCUGUCACCAUCCUUCAACUGGAAGACCGCCAUGUCCGCCAAGGACCAAGAGACUUAUAUUCAACGAUUGGCCGAACUCGGCUACUGCUGGCAAUUCAUCACUUUGGCAGGUCUGCACUCGACCGCACUCAUCUCAGACCAAUUCGCAAAGGCAUACGCCCAGCGCGGAAUGCGCGCGUACGGUGAAUUGAUCCAAGAACCCGAGAUGGAGGGCAAAGUCGAUGUUGUCACGCAUCAGAAAUGGAGCGGAGCCAACUAUGUGGAUAACCUGUUGAAGAUGGUCACCGGUGGUGUCUCGAGUACCGCAGCCAUGGGCAAGGGUGUGACCGAGUCACAAUUCCACUAGUUAUUUAAAACGGUGCGUUUACGCCAGACAUGGGGAUUCCUGCAGGAGACUUGUCAGGACGGACAAAACCCCAUCCUGGAUAAAGUUGGAGACAACCUCCAGCCAGAGACAGUGGAUGAAAAUAUGUAUAUGAUUUGACUCAAAAAAAGAGUCUGAAUAAGUCAGUCCAAGACUGGUACAAAAUCUAUUAUCUCUUGGACAUGACAAAUGUCAUGGAUCAAGGAAGAGGAAGGGGGCGGAAGGGCACGCCGUUAGGUAUCCUGCCUAUAAUGUACUAUGUGGCAGCCAGUCCAGUCCAGUCCUAUUUUAUAUAUCCAAUGCAAGAAUGUAAAAUUGAACAUUGAACA